UUGUUUUCAAGUUCAGCUUUCAGCACAUGAAUUUAUUUUCAUUUUGCAUUGUGCUCAGCUGAUGUAGAAAAUUGUUUUCAAAAUUGCAGCCUUUUAAAAAGUUUUCGUUUUUGGUUUCAUUUUUUUUUUUUGGCGUGAAACAUUUAGGCUGUGUUUUUUUUUCAGUUUUUUAAUAUUGAUACCGCUAGUUAAAAUAGUGUGACAAAUUAAUUAUUGUUGCAAUGUCUCUCCGCAUACUUUGUAAAAAUAUUACAAAAUACAAUUUUUUGUUGGAUAAACGUCGUUUUAUUUCUUUAAGUGUAGCAAAUUUAUACUCAGGCAAUUCUAUUUCAUUUAAACGUAACUUUAAUACAAAUAUGUUAUCGUUAUUGAGAGUUACUUUAACAAACAGAGCAUUUGAAGAACCCAAAAGAAAUUUUUCCAAAAAAAAGAAGCCUCCUAAAAAGGAAAUUGAAGAUGAAGAGAGUGAUACUGAUGAUGAUGAAGAUUACUCCAGCAUUCAAUCAGAAGAAGGGAUGGAAGAUGAACCUAAUGCUAUUCGAAAAAUGGUGCCUUCUUUACGAAUAGAUACCAUACUGAAAGCUGGUUUGGGAACUUCGAAAAAGAAAAUAGAAAAGGAAUUUUAUGCUGCCAGAAUACGAGUCAAUGAAGAACCAGUUUUGAAAAAAGCAACCAUGGUAAUAUCUGGUGAUGAAGUUGACCUUAUCAAAGGAUUCAGCCCAGAGAAUAGUAAACUACUCAUCGUUGAUAGAGUUAUGAUUAAAUCUAUUGACAAAAUUAGUGGAACUGGAAACUAUCCUGUAAAUUUACUAGUUUUUAAAUCAUUGACAAUUGAAAAUUAUCCUAAACCAUGGGCUCCUUCAAGUUCUUCUGAAGUAGAUUGAAUAUGUCACUUUGUGGAAGCUAUUUGUUUUGUUGAAAAAUCUUUGAAAUACAUGUUCUGUGUACCUCUGCUUAUGUUUUUAAAUAGUACUUUUUAUAAGAAUUUAUUUCAUUGUUAUUUGUUUAACUAAAAUAUGCUUUAGAUGAUUAUCAAUAAUUAAUUUGGAAUAUGAAAAUUCCUUCAUUAAAAUGAGUAUUAAAUUUUCAAAUGUUAACCUCUUCUGAGCCUGUUCUUAUAAAGUAAAGAAAUCGUUGUAAGAAGAGCUAUCCUUGGUUUCACUAUCCUAACCCACUUCUUCAAGAACUAAUAAAUACAAACUGUGGGCAUGUAGAAAAGUUUUUUUUUUUUUUUUUUUU